AUGUCGCUGUUUGGAGGGUUCAAGCCUUCCACGCUGGCCACCGCGGGAACUCAAACUUCCGCUUUAAGCACACCCGCGACAAGCACUCCGUCACCCCUUCAACAGCAGCAGCAACAGCAGCAACAGCAGCAACAACAACAGCAACAACAGCAGCAACAGCAGCAGCAGUUAACCCUAGCAAUUCAGCAGGGCCAAGCGCAUCUGCUGACGAAUAACGAUCCCAGUCGAGGGGGUCCGCAACCGGCGGGAUUCGAUACCAAGUUCAGCGAGCUACACCCGGACAGCCAGAAGAUCCUGACCCACAUAGAGAGCAAGAUAUUGGAGCUGCGAGCCGAGAGCCAGAGGCUUGGGCAAUCCAGUCGGCUGCAUGAUGGCUCACAGUUGGCGGACAACCCGUUCGAACGGCAGGCGGCUAGAGUCAGCCAGAGCCUCUCACACGUGGCAUCAAGGGUGGACACAGAGCGGGCGUCCCUGCACCACAUGCUGCACACGGCGCAGCACCUGCUGCACCACAGCGACCUGGCAGUGCGCUCCUUCUCUCUCCUCCGCUCGCGGUUCCCCCACCUCCCUGGAGCAGACUCGCUGGCACCAGGGCAAGCGGACAUCUACCGGGGCGUGCCGUGCCUGCCGUCGCCCUUCCUCAUCGACACAGUCGCUCGCUUUGAAGUUAAAGUAACAGAGUACCGCCACAAGCUCACCGAGCUCCAGGCAGCCAUCGAACCAGCCCUGGCAGACUCCAGGUUCGGCGUCGGGUACUCCCGAGCCGCGUCGGCAGCUUCAGCGGCAGCAGCGGUUGAGGCUCUCCCUGUGAUUAUAAAGAAUCUGCAUGAUUUUUUCAUACAUGUAGCAGCUCAGGUGGAGAGGGUACAUGAGAGGGUGGAUGCGGCAAGGAAUGCGUUUCUGGCGGAGAGGCGGAGGAGGGGCGACCGGAGUAAUCCGUUUGCAGAGGCAGACCGGAUUGAGGCUGCUGCUACUGCCAGUAAGAAACCCUCCCUGCUCGGCUCUGCUGCUGGCGUUGGUACUGGUGCUGCUGGUGGUGCUGCCGGUGCUGCUGGUGCAGGAGGUACAGGCAGUGGGAUUCUUUCCUCUCCGCUCUCCCUCCUUCCCGGAACCACCACUCCCGGCGCCUCCCCAAACCCUACCGGGCUCUUCCCCUCCUCCACAUCCACCACACCAUCCCUCUUCGGUUCCACCACCCCAGCCACCGCCACCACCCCUGGUCUCUCCCUCUUCGGUACCCCCCCUGCCUCUGCUGUAGCAGGCAGCUCCCCAGGCACCUCCCUCUUUGGCACCCCCACUCCGUCGCUCUUCGGCAGUGCCACUCCUGGUGCCGCCGCUGCUGCUGCUGCAUCCUCUCCUGGCCUUUCUUUCGGCAACCCUGCCACACCUGCCACGGGCACCACGUCUCUCUUCGGCGCUCCGAACCCGGCAGCAGCAGGCUCGUCCCCCGGCUCCUCUCUCUUUGGGAACACCUCGGCUUUCGGCACCGGCGCAUCUGCCUUUGGAGCAACCCCAGGAGCAGCAGGAGCGGCCGCAAGCACCCCGUCGCUGUUUGGGUCCCCGGCUGGUCCCACAACCGGGGGUCUGUUCGGAGCAACGCCAGCAGCAGCGUCGCCUUUCGGUGCUCCCGCUGCUUCGCCGUUCGGUGCUGCUGGGGGACCCUCGCCGUCGCCGUUUGGAGCAGCGGCGUCGGCUCCUGGCACAUGGCUGUUUGGUGCUCCUGCUGGGGGUGCGGCAGCUGGAUCUGGCGGCUUGUUUGGUGCUCCUGCCACUCCGACACUUCAGCCGGCUGCCCCGAUGCCAUCUGGUUUUGGCAACACAACUCAAACGACCACUACCCGUUCAAAGUCGCGGGGCUCCUCCAGAAGACGCUAA